ACUUACAUUUAAGAACAUCAACAGAGCUGAAGUCAGUCUAAAGCCAUCCAGGACCCAGAUUUCACCAUGUCUGCAGUGAAAGUCAUGCUAUGGAUGUGUGCACUUUUUUGUCUGUUUCUCAUUGCCAAAGCUCAAUCUAUCAGAGAUGACAGCAACAACUUUGCAAGACAGAUUGAACUGCAAAGCAUGCGAGUGGACUGCAAGGUUGCAUCUCGUUUUGCUCACACCGUCAUGACCAGCAGAGCCCUGAACACAGCCAAUACUUCGCAGGAAAUCUUCUUUGAGGUGGACUUACCCAAAACGGCCUUCAUAACCAAUUUUAGCAUAGAGAUCGAGAACAGGAUAUAUGUCAGCGAGGUGAAGGAAAAAGAGCAGGCCAGGCAGAAGUAUGAGAGCGCUGUGACAUCCGGUCAGACUGCUGGCCUGGUUAAGGCUUCGGGAAGGCAUAUGGAGAAAUUCUCGGUGUCGGUCAACAUCGCAGCACAAAGCAGUGUCACAUUCACUCUUACUUAUGAAGAGCUGCUGCAGAGGCGCCUCGGCAGCUAUGAGAUCAUGAUAGGUGUCCGACCUAAACAGCUGGUUCAGAACUUUGAGAUUGUGGUAGAUAUCUAUGAACCUAAAGGAAUCGCAUUUGUGGACGUCAACGGAACAUUCAUCACCAAUGAGCUGCUGCCUCUAGUAAAAAAAACAGUCACCGAUAAAAAGGCACACGUGUACUUCUCACCAACACUGGAUCAGCAGAAAAAAUGCUCCAAUUGUGAAGCAACGCUGAUCGAUGGAGAUUUAUUCAUCAAGUAUGAUGUGAACCACGGACAAGAUAUAGGUGAAAUACAGAUAGUAAAUGGCUACUUUGUACACUUUUUUGCCCCCGAUGGUUUACCACAAAUGCCUAAGAAUGUGGUAUUUGUGAUAGACAGAAGUGGCUCCAUGAUGGGAAAGAAGAUGAAACAGACUCGAGAAGCUCUGAUGACAAUAUUAAGUGAACUGCAUGAAGAUGAUUACUUUGGGCUGGUCAUGUUUGAUGACGCUAUAGAGGCAUGGAGACCAUCCCUUAGCAAAGCUACACCUGAAAAUGUGACAGAAGCAAAAGAAUAUGUCCAGACUAUUAAUGCAAGAUCUAUGACUGACAUUAACAAGGGAAUAUUGUACGCGGUGGACAUGCUUACCUCAGAAAAAAGUGAUUCUUUCCCAAACAUGUCCAUGAUAAUCUUACUAACAGAUGGACAACCCAGUUCUGGGGAGCAAGACCUGUCCAAAAUCCAAGAAAAUGUCCGAAAUGCUAUUAAUGGAAGCAUGAGUCUCUUUUGCUUGGGUUUUGGCUAUGAUCUGGACUACAUUCUGCUUGAUACGCUGGCUAAGCAGAAUGAUGGACUUGCUCGAAGAGUCUACGAGGCCUCAGAUGCUGCGCUUCAACUACAGGGUUUUUAUGAAGAAGUGGCUACUCCACUUCUCAUAGAGGUGAAUCUCAAUUACCCUGACCACGCUGUAACAGACGUGACACAAAGCCACUUUAGACAAUUCUUCAAGGGCUCUGAGAUAGUGGUAGCUGGACGCCUACAAGAACUGGAGAUCGAUACAUUUCCGACUGAAGUAUCUGCAAAUGGGUUGGAAGACCAGUUUGUGAUGCAGGGUGUAGCGAUUGCUGAAGAGUGGGACAGUGUGUUCCCGGAGCAGGAGUACAUCUUUGGAGAUUUCAUUGAGCGACUGUGGGCAUAUUUGACUAUUCAGCAACUCCUGGAUAAAAGAGAGAAAUGUUCUCCAGAAGACAAGGAGAACACCACAGCUGAAGCUCUGAGCCUUUCGUUAAGGUAUAACUUCGUCACACCGCUGACUUCCAUGGUGGUCACCAAACCACAAGCUGAAGAUGAAGAAACACUCGUCGCCGACAAGCUGACUGAAGAGCAGCGUGAGGACAUAACACAAGUUGGCAUGAAUGUAGGAGCUCCACCUCAGCUGACUGGCACUUCUCAACAUCUCAGACAAUAUUUUCAAAGGCCACUUUUAGGUGGCACUGCUUCCAAAAGAAUGUUGACUCCUUCAUAUUUAGUUGAUGGAGAUCCACAUUUCAUCAUUGAGCUGCCAGAUCAGAACGAUGCUCUGUGCUUCAACAUCGAUGACAAACCUGGUACCAUCUUCAACCUGGUUAGAGACCCGCUUACAGGCAUCAUGGUGAACGGCCAGAUCAUCGGAGAUAAGAAGAUCAUCCCAGGGAGCAAGUUGCACACUUAUUUUGACCGCUUUGGGAUUGCUGAUGAGAAAUUGGGUAUCAGACUGAUGGUGAGCACAAAGGAGAUUUGGCUGUCUGAAGGAGGAAAACAGACUAAAUUCUCCUGGACGAACAAGAGGACAAUAAAAAGACUCAAUAUGGACCUGCAGGUGAUCAAAGAUCGAAGUUUAACAGUGACCCUAAGGAACUCAGUCAAGUUUCUUAUUAUCCUGCACAAAAUAUGGCAGCAACAUCCAUAUCAUCAAGACUACCUUGGGUUUUACACCUUGGACAGUCACCAACUUUCACACGAUGUCCAUGGCCUUCUUGGUCAAUUCUACCAGGGUGUAAACUUUGAGGUCAGUGACUUAUUUCCAGGAAAGGACGCUGAUAAACAAGAUGCCGUUAUGUUUGUGAAAAGAAACAAGCUCACAGUUACCAGGGGCUGGAAGAGAGACUUCAGACAGGAUGUAAAGAAUGGAGACGACGUGCCCUGCUGGUUCAUUCACAAUAAUGGCACUGGACUCAUUGAUGGAGUUCACACGGACUACAUCGUCUCUGGACUCUUCAAGACAAUAUAAACAACAUCUGUUACUUAACUGACCUUUGCACAAUAGAGUAAUUAAGUCUUAGCUUUUAUGUAGUCUUAAGUAUGUAAUAUGUGAUGGUUGUUGUUUGGAUGUAUUGCAGUAUCUGACAAAGCUCUAUUACAAAGCUGUUUAUGAUAGUAUUUCAACCCAUUCAGUAGCUACGAAAUAAACCCCCUAUACAAACA